AUGUUCCCUCCCCCAAUCUCACUUGGAGAAGUGCGCUGCCUAUUCCAGCAGCUUUUGGCACGCAACCACGACAACCCGAAUUCUCACGCACACCCCGUAAUCAUUUCCCUCGAUAUCGCACACGGAAACCCCAAGCGCUUCAGCGCUAUCGGAGCAUCCACACUCGACACGAGGAGUCUCACAACUUCACACUUCUCAACACCGAUGCACCAUACUCACCCGCCCCUCCACACAGAGACUUUCGACUUCCGGUACGGCCGAGCCUUGUUCCAUGGCCAAGUGCACCAAGUGCGAUGGAGCGAGCGCGCUGCCGUCCUCAACCACAUCUUUUCUCACUGCGUCAAUGGAGAUAGGGAGCCGUGCUGUAACGCGCGCAAGCUACCUUUGUAUGACUCAUCGAAAGUCAAUGACUCAAACGAACAGCGACUGCCGAUUAUCCUUGUUGGUCACGACAUCCCUUCGGAUCUUCUCUCGUUGAACAAGGCGGGUAUCAGCAUAACUGACAUAGCCACCGUGACCGCGAUCAUCGACACGCAGAAGCUUGCUCGCGAGAUGUACAAGGCUGACGAUCCUGGAUGGAAUGUAUCGCUCCGAACGCUAUGUCGCCUGGUCGGUAUGAUACCUAGAAAGUUGCACGAUUGCGGGAACGAUGCUGCGUGGACGCUACUUGUGCUUUUCAGUCUCGCUGCGAAGCUGAUUAGCGAGGAUGACGCAGGGAGAGAAAUACUAGAGGACGUUGUAAGAGAAGGUACACGCGAUAGUAAGACUAAGAAGCAAAGGGACAAGGGAAGUAGAGUGAGGAAUAAAGAAGAUCAGGUGGACGACUGGGCAGACAAUCUCGUUGUUGAAGUCCCUUGA